CUCUGAACAUUUUAGAGGAGGGAAGGAGGGUGGAAGAUGAGAAAGGAGAGAAAGGCAGAGAAUCCAGAGAUGCCGGCAGCCAGUGAUCCCAGCCAGGCCUGCCUCCUAUGGACAGACUCAACAAAAUGAAACCAGGAGGCUUUUGGCUGCAUCUCACACUGCUCGGAGCCUCCCUGCCGGCCGCGCUGGGAUGGACGGACCCGGGAACCAGCAGAGGCCCGGAUGUGGGUGUGGGGGAGUCACAGGCAGAGGAGCCCAGAAGCUUUGAAGUCACAAGAAGAGAAGGGCUUUCCAGCCACAAUGAGCUACUAGCCUCCUGCGGGAAGAAGUUCUGCAGCCGAGGGAGCCGGUGCGUGCUCAGCAGGAAGACAGGGGAGCCCGAAUGCCAGUGCCUGGAGGCAUGCAGGCCCAGCUACAUGCCUGUGUGCGGCUCUGAUGGGAGGUUUUAUGAAAACCACUGUAAGCUCCACCGUGCCGCUUGCCUCCUGGGAAAGAAGAUCACUGUCAUCCACAGCAAGGACUGUUUCCUCAAAGGUGACACGUGCACCAUAGCCGGCUAUGCCCGCUUGAAGAAUGUACUUCUGGCGCUCCAGACCCGCCUGCAGCCACUCCGGGAAGGAGACAGCAGACAAGACCCUGCCUCCCAGAAGCGCCUCCUGGUGGAAUCUCUGUUCAGGGACUUAGAUGCAGAUGGCAGUGGCCACCUCAGCAGCUCUGAACUGGCUCAGCAUGUACUGAAGAAGCAGGACCUGGAUGAAGACUUACUUGGUUGCUCACCAGGUGACCUCCUCCGAUUUGACGACUACAACAGUGACAGUUCCCUGACUCUCCGCGAGUUCUACAUGGCCUUCCAAGUGGUUCAGCUCAGCCUCGCCCCCGAGGACAGGGUCAGUGUGACCACAGUGACCGUGGGGCUGAGCACAGUGCUGACCUGCGCCGUCCGUGGAGACCUGAGGCCACCAAUCAUCUGGAAGCGCAACGGGCUCAUCCUGAACUUCCUGGACUUGGAAGACAUCAAUGACUUCGGAGAGGAUGAUUCCCUGUACAUCACCAAGGUGACCACCAUCCACAUGGGCAAUUACACCUGCCAUGCUUCCGGCCACGAGCAGCUGUUCCAGACCCACGUCCUGCAGGUGAAUGUGCCGCCAGUCAUCCGCGUCUAUCCAGAGAGCCAGGCACAGGAGCCCGGAGUGGCGGCCAGCCUGAGAUGCCAUGCCGAGGGCAUUCCCAUGCCCAGAAUCACUUGGCUGAAAAACGGCGUGGAUGUCUCAACUCAGAUGUCUAAACAGCUCUCCCUUUUAGCCAAUGGGAGCGAACUCCACAUCAGCAGUGUUCGGUAUGAAGACACAGGGGCAUACACCUGCAUUGCCAAAAAUGAAGUGGGCGUGGAUGAAGAUAUCUCCUCGCUCUUCAUUGAAGACUCAGCUAGAAAGACCCUUGCAAACAUCCUGUGGCGAGAGGAAGGCCUCAGCGUGGGAAACAUGUUCUAUGUCUUCUCCGACGACGGCAUCAUCGUCAUCCAUCCUAUGGACUGUGAGAUCCAGAGGCACCUCAAACCCACGGAAAAGAUUUUCAUGAGCUAUGAAGAAAUCUGUCCUCAAAGAGAAAAAAAUGCAACCCAGCCCUGCCAGUGGGCAUCUGCAGUCAACGUCCGGAACCGGUACAUCUAUGUGGCCCAGCCAGCACUGAGCAGAGUCCUUGUGGUUGACAUCCGAGCCCAGAAAGUCCUACAGUCCAUAGGUGUGGACCCUCUGCCGGCUAAGCUGGCCUAUGACAAGUCACAUGACCAAGUGUGGGUCCUGAGCUGGGGGGACGUGCACAAGUCUCAGCCAAGUCUCCAGGUGAUCACAGAAGCCAGCGCCGGCCAGGACCAACACCUCAUCCGCACACCCUUCGCAGGAGUGGACGACUUCUUCAUUCCCCCAACGAACCUCAUCAUCAACCACAUCAGGUUUGGCUUCAUCUUCAACAAGUCUGACCCUGCAGUCCACAAAGUGGACCUGGAAACGCUGAUGCCCCUCAAGACCAUCGGCCUGCACCACCAUGGCUGCGUGCCCCAGGCCAUGGCGCACACCCACCUGGGCGGCUACUUCUUCAUCCAGUGCCGACAGGACAGCCCUGCCUCUGCUGCCCGACAGCUGCUCGUUGACAGUGUCACAGACUCUGUGGUUGGCCCCAACGGUGAUGUAACAGGCACCCCACACACAUCCCCCGACGGGCGCUUCAUAGUCAGCGCUGCAGCUGACAGCCCCUGGCUGCACGUGCAGGAGAUCACGGUGCGGGGGGAGAUCCAGACCCUGUAUGACCUGCAAAUAAACCCAGGCAUCUCAGACUUGGCCUUCCAGCGCUCCUUCACUGAAAGCAAUCAAUACAACAUCUACGCGGCUCUGCACACGGAGCCGGACCUGCUGUUCCUGGAGCUGUCCACAGGGAAGGUGGGCACACUGAAGAACUUAAAGGAGCCACCCACAGGGCCACCCCAGCCCUGGGGGGGCGCCCGCAGAAUCAUGAGGGACAGUGGGCUGUUUGGACAGUACCUCCUCACACCAGCCCGAGAGUCUCUGUUCCUCAUCAAUGGGAGACAAAACACGCUGCGGUGUGAGGUGUCAGGUAUAAAGGGGGGGACCACAGUGGUGUGGGUGGGUGAGGUAUGAAGGGCCCAGAGCAGAGCCCUGGGCCAAGGAGCACCCCCUAGUCCUGACACUGCAGCCCCAAGCAGGUGUGCUGUACAUUUUUACAGACAAAAGCAAAAACCUGUACUCGCUUUGUGGUUCAACACUGGUCUCCUUGCAAGUUUCUAGUAUAAGGUAUGCGCUGCUACCAAGAUUGGGGUUUUUUCGUUAGGAAGUAUGAUUUAUGCCUUGAGCUACGAUGAGAACACAUGCUGCUGUGUAAAGGGAUCAUUUCUGUGCCGAGCUGCACACCGCGUGACCUGGGGACAUCAUGGAACCAAGGGAUCCUGCUCUCCAGGCGGACACCUCUGUCGGUUGCCUUCACAUAGUCAUUGUCCCUUACCGCCAGACCCAGCCAGACUCCGCCCUGACGGAGUGGCCCAGAAGCAGAGGCCGAGCAGGAGCAGGGGCCUCCCUCCCGAACUGAAAGCCCAUCCGUCCUCGCGUGGGACCGCAUCUUCUCCCUCGCAGCUGCUUCUUGCUUUUCUUUCCAUUUGACUUGCUGUAAGCCUGAGGGAGAGCCAGCAAGACUCACUGCAUCUUGGGGGAUGGGGAAAUCACUCACUUUAUUUUGGAAAUUUUUGAUUAAAAAAAAUUUUUAUAAUCUCAAAUGCUAGUAAGCAGAAAGAUGCUCUCCGAGGUCCAACUGUAUCCUUCCCUGCCUUAGGCCGAGUCUCUGGGGGGGUCACAACCCCCCUAUUCCACAGCCAGAGAGAACAAUGGUCAUCUAAGAAUACCAGCCCUGUCAACUAUUGCCACCCUGCUUCUCCAAGAGCAGACCAGGCCACCUCAUCCAUAAGGAUUCGGUUCUGUGUUGGGACCCCAAGAGACCAGGACGAGUUCUGUGUGCCUGCUUGUCAGCACAGAAGGGAGACAUCUCAUUAGUCAGGUUCUGGACCCCAGAUUCAGGGCAGACUGUGCUUGCCUGGCAAGGUCUGGGUGGCCCCAAGGCUCAAUGCAGAAACCCCAGGGACAGGCGUGGGGCCAGGUGAGUUCCUGAAGCUAUACCUUGUCCAAACAGAUUUAUUUUUCCUGCCUGUGGCCUACCCACUCAUCUCUGGUACCCCAACCCCGCAUCAGCACUGCGGAGAGAACACAUUUCAGCAAGGGUUUUCUUACCCACAUUCCCCAGUCAACACACACACCCUGCAGAAGCCAGAACAGAGGGCCACAGGCUGGCACUACUGCAUUCUCCUUACGUGUCUCAGGCUGUGGUGACUCUCAGGUGGUCAUCGAAGAAGUACAACCCACACAGCCCUCUGGAGACUGCCUAGAUCAGAGACUCAGCAUAAACAGGCUCCCCUUCCCUCUCCCGCAUAUGAGUGGAACUUACAUGUGUUCUGGUUUGAAUGAUCAUUUUGCAAGCCACACAGAUUGGGAGAGGUGAUCUCACCACAGACAUCUUUGCUCAUUUGGCCACCUUCACCUACUGACAUCACCAGGAUUUUCCUUUGCCAUUGAGGAACAAACCCUUUCAAGGAGAGGAAACCCUAGACUUUGUGUCACUCAACAUCCACAGCUCCUUUCACUCCUGCCUGACUGCCCAAGCCACCUGCAUCCCCCGCCCCAGUUCUCGUGAGAUCAAUCACUUGUCUUGUAUGUCUCAUGUAUCUUGGUCCCCCAAAUGCCUGUCCCCUGCGACUCCUAGGGGUGUGCCUAGACAUGUACAUCUGUUUUUUAUUUUAAAAAAUAUGCUAUGUAGAUAGAAGUUGAGGAAGCUCACCUCAAAAGCCUAGAAUGCAGUUUCACAGUUGCUGGGAUGCAUGGAUGACACAUCUCGCCCCUUUUAUUUUUCCUGCCUCAAUAUCUUGAUGUGUUUACUCCCAAUCUCCCAUUUUUACGACUAAAAUUCUACAACUUUCAUCAACUUCUCUUUUUGGAAAAAUCUCAAUUGUAUCAGCCCCUGACAGAAAAAGGAUCUCUGAGCCUAAAGGAGGAAAAGUCCCACCAACUACCAGGCCAGAACACCAGCCCCUCUGGGCAGCAGGAUUCCUAAGUCAAAGACCAGUUUGACCCAAACUGGCCUUUUAAAAUAAUCAGGAGUGACAGAGUCAACUUCUGCAGCACCAGUUCCUCCCCCACUGUCCCUUUCAUCUCAGAGUGUGUCUAAAAAGCAUAGCUGCCCUUCACUGUCCUCAGAGUGCAGUUCCUGGAGACGGCAGGCUUAGGUCUCACUGACAGCAUGCCAGACACAACUGAAUCGAAGCAGGCCUGAAGCCUAGGUCAGGGUUUCAGGAGUCCAGCCCCAGGAGGCAAAGUCACCAAUGCAGGCAGGUAAAUGCUUUUUAGCAGGGAAACCAAUAGAGUUGGUUGGGUGGGGAGUCAGGGGCAGGAGGAGGAGGAGGAGGAAGAAGAAGGCCAGAUCGGCCUGCCCUUUCUCCCGUACUUCACCCCAGAAGAGGUUCGUGGGACACAGUCGGAAAGCCACUGGUAGGAAAUGCCUCACUACAGGGGGCCUCCUGUAAGCCCAGCCAGUAAUCCUCCUAAUGAACCCACAAUUCACACUGAUACCUUACGCUAUUCAAGAAGUACUGACUUUACCAAAAGAAUCAUCAAGAAAGCUGUUUACAUAAACUCCCUCAGUCAUUUUGAAAUAAAAUUAAUUUCACAAAAA